UGUGAGACGGUUGGUGCCUUAGCAACUAAACCUAGCAACUAGGGAAUCCUCGAGUGUUACGGAUCUCGGCUGAGGGGCCUUGGAAACCUUGAGCUCACAACGAGCCGUUUCCAGCCUCCUGGGCAAGGGAACAGUAUCCUCCCUUGCCUGGGAUUCUGGAACCGUUUCAUUCUGGUGAAAGUAAGAGGCAGCUUGGGACCAGCAGCCUUUCGCGGAGAAAAGUCUGACAUGCCCAUCCUAUGUGACAGGAAAAAGUCCAGGAAGAGGAAUUGCAGACUGGAUUUUUUUUUUUUCCAUUUUGGCAGUUACUCAGUAACUGCUUUUUUUUGUUUGCUUGUUCCUGCGGCAUGCGGAAUCUUAGUUCCCCGACCAGGGAUCAACCCAUGCUCCCUGAAUUGGGAAUGCCAGGAAAAUUGCUGAAGCUAAAAGGGAUGUUUAAUUCUAAGUUUGGAUCCGUUCCCAAGUUUUAUGUUCGAGCACCAGGAAGAGUCAAUAUCAUAGGAGAGCAUAUAGAUUACUGUGGAUAUUCUGUUCUUCCUAUGGCUGUAGAACAAGAUAUGUUAAUAGCUGUGGAACCUGUGAAAACACAUAUUCUCCAGCUGGCCAAUACCAAUCCCUUGUACCCGGACUUCAGUACUCGUGCUAAUAACAUCCAGAUUGACAAAACCAAGCCUCUGUGGCACAACUAUUUCUUAUGUGGAUUUAAAGGAAUUCAGGAACACUUUGGUCUUAGUGACUUGACUGGAAUGAAUUGCUUGGUCGAUGGAAACAUCCCACCGAGUUCUGGCCUCUCCAGCUCCAGUGCUUUGGUCUGUUGUGCUGGCUUGGUGACACUCACAGUGCUGGGCAUGAACCUAUCCAAGGUGGAACUUGCAGAAAUCUGCGCCAAGAGUGAGCAUUACAUUGGCACUGAAGGAGGAGGGAUGGACCAGUCCAUAUCAUUUCUUGCAGAAGAAGGAACUGCCAAGUUAAUAGAAUUUAGUUCUCUGAGGGCAACUGAUGUGAAACUCCCAAGUGGAGCAGUGUUUGUGAUUGCCAACAGUUGUGUGGAAAUGAAUAAAGCAGCAACUUCUCAUUUCAAUAUCAGGGUGAUGGAGUGUCGGCUGGCUGCAAAGCUGCUGGCUAAGCACAAAUGCUUGCCAUGGGAGGAAGUGUUGCGGCUGGAGGAGGUGCAGGCCAAGCUGGGGGUCAGUCUGGAAGAAAUGUUGUUGAUCACAGAAGAUACCCUUCACUCUGAACCCUAUAGCCCCGAGGAGAUCUGCAGGUGUCUGGGAAUUAGCCUGCAGGAACUCAAGACCCAAAUCCUGAGUCCAAACACUCAAGACGUGCUCACCUUCAAACUCUACCAGCGGGCAAAGCACGUGUAUAGCGAGGCCGCGAGAGUGCUCCAGUUUAAGAAGAUAUGUGAAGAAGCACCUGACAACACGGUCCAGCUGCUGGGGGAGUUAAUGAACCAGAGCCACGUGAGCUGCCGGGACAUGUACGAGUGUAGCUGCCCUGAGCUGGACCAGCUGGUGGACAUCUGUCGGAAAUUUGGGGCUCAAGGAUCACGACUUACGGGAGCAGGAUGGGGAGGCUGCACAGUAUCGAUAGUACCUGCUGACAAGCUGUCCAGCUUCCUAGCAAAUGUGCACGAAGCUUAUUACCAGAGGAGCAAUCGAAGCUUAGUGCCUGAGAAGCAGAGUUUGUUUGCUACCAAACCUGGAGGUGGAGCUUUGGUUUUCCUUGAGGCCUAAACUAUUUAGAGCAUUUAGGAACUGGCAGGACUUCUAUGCCACAGCAAAUUAAUCCUCUUUCUGUUUUGUAUUACGAUGAAUGGUUGCUAUUAUCAAGAUGUAUUUCGAAAGAAAUGGUUGAAAGCUCCCUAUGCUUCAUAAUGAUUAUUUUUCCAUCUUAAAAUAUGUUUUCUACCAAUAAGAGCCAAAAUUAUGCUUGGCCAGAUCUCUUAAGAUAAUUUACUGGAUGUAUUGAUUUCAAGAUUUUUAAAAACAAAUGGUAAAAGACCAUCAAUACUGACCUCAUGGAUUGUACUUGAAUUAAACAUACAUUCUUAAAUACAGUUUA